AUGGCGUGUUUCUGGAACUUGCUGCCGACCUUUCCUUUCCCUUCGUUCCUCUUUCGUCAGGAAAGAAAAGGCCCCGACAUCGGCGAUUCUUGGCGACUGGCCACGACGUCCUUCCUCGCCAAUGGAACAGAGGAACAGCAAAAGACACGUCGGCAAGGAAACAUAGAGUCUCUUCAUCUCCAGAACAAGCGCUCUAAGACCAUGACAUUGAUUUUCCAGGUAUUUUUGGCUAGCGAGAAACGGGAAAUGAUUCAUUGCCGGCCGGGGAGAGCGGGACACCAAUUACAGACCCUUUCAGCGAACGGCCCGUUUGGUAUCUGUGCUGCUUUUGCUCAACUCUCGUCCCGUGGUUUUGCAGGAGGUUUCUGAAGAAGCGGGUAAUGCGAAGACUGCCC